UCACUCACUCGAGGGAAGGGACGCCAGGUGAGCGGAAGUGGCUCACACGCCGAGACAGGUGACGCAGGACAACUUCUGACACAGGGUUACGGUGUGAUGGCGACAAUAGGACGGGACGGUGGGAGCUGCCUUGGUCUCCUCCUGCUCUUCGCGCUAACGAGCGCGGCGGUAGGGGAGGUGAUGCUGGUACGCGAGGACGGGGAGGACCAGGCGUCGUGGGGGUACUCGCACCUGCCCGCCACCUUCCCGCUCACGUGGACACAGGCGAGGGCGGCGUGCGAGGCGGUGCCGGGCUCCAUGCUGGCCAGGGUGGACGGCUGGCAGCAGGAGGCGGCGGUGGAGGAGUACCUGAAGGAGGUGCACUUCAAGCAGGCGGUGUGGCUGGCCAACAGACAGACGCUCCCGGAGGUGCUGGAAGACGAGCAGCGGGAGAUGAACCACGUGGGCGGCUCCGCGGGGGUGCUGGGGGAGGACGUCACCAUGGGAGGGGACGUGGGCGUGACGCUGCGCUGCGCCGUGUUCCGCGUGGGCGUGGGCAUCGUGCAUGAGCUAUGUGACGAGGCCGCUGUGUCCGCCGCCCUCUGUGUCCAGCGCUUGUCCAACAAGCGGCCGUUGCUGGAGGAGUGCCCCACCUCGCCACACCGCCAGUGGGUCCUGGUGACCCGCCUCACCGAGACCAGCGCCUCCUCGCCGCCGCAGCAGCAGACCACCGUAACUGUGGUCGGUCUGCAGCAAUGCCACCACCACCACCGCCGCUACCUGGCUCGUGCCAUCUGCCGCCCACAGGGAGGAUGGGAACGCCCCGCGUGCAGCCCUGAGUCGUCCUCACCGAAGCACCACCAGGGCACUAAGAAACCUCGGCGAGGCCACCACCAGCACGACCGCGGCGGCUCCUCGCGAAGGCCGCCUCCCUCACACCCGGCCACGGACGUAGACCACCUGGACUACGAGCGAGGGCUAAAGGAGAAGGAAUACUUUUCGUCAGCCCAGCAAGACAAGGCACGAAGCAAGAGAUCAGCUGAGCCAGAGUCCACCAGUGAGCUGCACACCACAGACAAGGCGUCGCCAGAUGUUCACUCGUCCAAAGCUACCACCACCACCACCACCACCGACACCACCACCAAAACCACCACCCACCAACCUGCUUCUGAGGGUCACAUGCCUGACAUAAAUGACAAAGUACUUCUGUUCAUUACUGACUACAAAAGAUCCAAUAAAAGCAAUAAAGGAAAAAGUCAUGAUGAAACGCAACCACAAAACAUUACUUCGAGUCCACAAACACUGCCUGAAAAAGUUGAGCCUCACCUCGAUGACAAGGAUUCUAAGAAGACAGAAAUUACCACUGAUGAGACAAUCAACGAAAUUGAAACAGAGACUGCCUCAACUGUUGUAACGGGAGAGCCCUCAGCAAAGCAUCACUCAAUUAAAAAGUCCCUAAAAGAAGAUGGUUCUGUGGCACAUCUCGAAAACCAUGGACACGAAAGUAUGAUGCACCACGUAGUAGCGCACGUGAAAGGUUCCAAGGAGCCCAACGAAGAGCAGGAAAAGACAAGCAGUAAUGGAGGGGAAGCCGCAGCAACAGCCAACGAGACACCGAUCCUCCAGGUGGGAACAGGGCCAAUAUUCGUCUUUGGACCCGAGGAUGACAAUGAGACACACAGCGAAAAUCCGACGCACAACUCACCCAAGCGUCCACGCGCCCUGGUAUUCCCCAAAGACUUUACACAGUCGAACCCCAAUGGCAGCAUUCGUCCUCACAACACCAAAGAACCUUCCACCACCCCAACCGAGCCCUCUAGUGCAGGAACCAACACCUCUGCAGAAGGAGAGGAAGCACCAUCACACGCGAGUACAACAACCCCGAGUAGGCCAGUUGUAUUUCCAGAGACAAUAAAUGUUAACCCACCACUCACUCCCGUCACCGAGAAGAGAACAGAUACAGCCGUUCAGCCCACCGGAGAGCCAACGCCGAGUGAAACAAAGACAGAAAACGCUCCUGACACGCAAAAUUCUGAACCGGAGUCUUCAGUCGCCGUCACCACCCCGGAAGUGAGUGUGCCGAAGACGGAAGAGGCAGGCGACGAGAAUAGGAAGACUGAAGGGGGAGAAAAGGAAGGCAAGGACGAGGGGAAGGCUGAGGGGGCGGAAAAGAAAGGCCAGGACGAGGGGAAGACUGGGGGGGAAGAGAGAGAGAAACCAACAACUAGCAACGUGGCGAAGAAACCAGAAGCAGGCCACACUGAAGAGCCCUCGACCACGGCCAAACCUCAUAGGCCACGGGAAGCUGAGGAGUCCGAGAACAGCGACUCUACCACGAAAACUGCCGGCGCGGGAGCGACUAACGACCCUCAAGAGGGAAGUGAGAAGCCGGACACCAAGGCACCAAGAUCUGAGGUGUUGACUGAAAGCCCAGCUCCUCUGCCGACCACAGAGAGCCAAGACCAGGACCAGGACCACAACAGCACGGGCACGAGCCCCACCGAGAGGCCUAAGGGGCACGGCACGCAGCACCUCAUUGCAGAGAUCUUCAAGAGCAUAUUCGGGUAGUUCGUCUUCUAAGAGCCUUUUGCUCCUCCACCAUCCGCGUGCCUCACUAUCACGGGCACGGCGAGGUUGAUUAACUUAAACAUCAACUUUCAUUUAAGAAUCAGGUUUUAUCACAUCUAUUCCCGAUCUUCGAGUGCAUUGUUGUAGCGCAUUUGACAUUCACUGCUAACUAAUAGGUUGGCAUUGGUCACGUUUCCCAGUUCAGACAAAAAUGCAACAGCCCGCCGGCUUUUGUGAGGCAGGAUCGGAGGGUAUCACAAGGUUUUACUGCAAACACUGUAGGUUUUAAUCUCCUUUGAACCUCUGUCGGUGCGGAGAGAAUUUAUAUCCCGUGUUGUAUGGCCGAUGACUUGUUUGAUAUUCCACAGCAUGAUAUAUCCCUAAUGCUUAUCGUUGAUGCCUCGCUCACACACCACCAGAGGAUGAAAGGAGAUUCCAACCUUUUGUCUGACACAAGAAGAAGCUUCACUUUGGUCUUACAGCUGACAGUUACAGCACCAGCGGACUGGGGCAGGCCACCAGUGACCACACGAUGGCAUGCCAGCACAACGGCCUGCACACGAAAUGAAUAAGAAAAGAACGAAUGGCCACGCCCUCACCUCCGGCCCCGUCCGCUGCUCACACCGCCCCGCCCCGCCCUGCCCCCGCCGGCCGGGCCCUCACCGCCUCGGAAACCCUCACGCACCGCACGUUGUCUUCAGUACCGUCUGUAGGAACACUCCGCUAUCCAGGGCACGGUACAGCAUCACUCCGCGGCACACUGCUCCACCGCAACAAGAUUUAAGCUUAAAAUUUCGAAGAUGAAUUUAAUUUUAUUUCAAAGGAAUUUCGAAGCAGCCGGUAAAUACGAAACACAUGUGUACAUAAGAAGCAGCGUUUUGUCUCACCUCCUCCCCCCCCACAACCGUCCUUCCCUCCCGUACCACACCGACACUCCUCUCCCUCCCGUCGCCACAAAGUCAUGCUCCUCCCUCCCACCGUCUGUCUCUCGCCCCCCCCCCGUACCUUCCCCACCCUUACUUUCUUACACCGUUGCUCUAAUCUCUCCUUCUCCUUACUUAUUUCUGCCCUUAUUUCCACAGCCUCUCUUCACGCCCCGCCCCAUGCCACCUCUCUCCUCUACCUCCAGUUACCUCCACACCCCAUCUUCCUUCCAAUUACCUCCCUUGCCUUUUUAGCUCCUGUUCCUCGUCUUCUUCCCUCCAUAAAUCCUGUGAUAUGUUGCUCUCUCUCUCUCUCUCUCUCUCUCUCUCUCUCUCUCUCUCUCUCUCUCUCUCUCUCUCUCUCUCUCUCUCUCUCUCUCUCUCUCUCUCUCUCUCUCUCUCUCUCUCUCUCUCUCUCUCUCUCUCUCUCUCUCUCUCUCUCUCUCUCUCUCUCUCUCUCUUUCUACCUAUCUAUCUAUCAAUCAAUCUCUCUCUCAUCCCCCUUUCCUUCCUUUCUCUCUCUUCCCUUCCUCUGUAACGCAUCCCUCUCCCUUUCGUUACCUUUCUCUCCCGUUUUUUUUCUUUCCCUCAACCCUGUAACAUGUCCCAUUCCUCUUCCCUUCCUCACUCCCCUUUCCUGCCCCGUCUGGCUGUGAUGGGGUAUUUCAAAGCACCCAAACAAGUACUAUUCCUGUUGUGCUAGUGUUAAGGUAAUAUUAGAAUCAUCGUUGAAGCACUAAAUUACUAAUAGUUAAGCUAAGUGUCUAGAUUAAUUAACACACACACACACACACACACACACACACACACACACACACACACACACACACACACACACACACACACACACGCAGACGCAGACGCAGACGCAAACGCAGACACAAACAAACACACACACACACACACACACACACACACACACACACACACACACACACACACACACACACACACACACACACACACACACACACACACACACACACACACACACACACACACACACACACACACACACACAUCUGUACAAAGGCUCCUCGACACUCAGCCUCGUCCACACGUGAAUACCUUUCUUAACACGCGGGGCAGCUGUUGUCUGUCCUCGCGGGGUCCAAAUAUGUUAUCCCAUCGCCCUACAGAGAAGCUUGGGAAGUUAUGUCGUUGUUUUUUAAGUGUCUGUCGUCCAGUUUCCGAACACUAAUGUUUCUAAGGAUUGUAUGGCCGCCCGGGAAUGUCUGGUCCUUCCCUCCCCUUGCCUCACGCCUCGCUAAGACCACAUAAUAUAGAGGUUAUUUUUAUUUUUCCUGCAUUUAUUCUAUAGGAGCAGCUUGUUACGGACUUUUUUUCUUUAUUAUUUCAACUUGUCUGUGCCUGUCUACUUCAUUAUUAAAAAUGUCUAAAGAGUAGAAAAAAAAGGUUAAUUAAAGAUGUCAGUAAUGCGUUGCUCAGUAUAUGAUAAAGUAAGGUAACUUCUAUAUUUUAUUUGAAGAAUUCUAAACUGUCUUCAUCUAAAACGCCUUCUUUCACACCACGUACUCUAUCCAAGCAGCUUAAUUAUUCACAGGCAGAUGAGAAUGUGAAAAACAGAGUGAUCGAUCGGGUUAGUUCUGGAGGUAAAGCGUGCUGGUGUGAGGCUGGGGCGAGGUAGAGAGGUAGAAGGAUUGUGGCCGACGUCCCUUAUACCAAUCAAGUGUAAUAUUGGCUCAUGUCUGACAAUGUACUAAAGUCCCGAUGAAAAGAAUUAUAUUGUCCAAUCAUUCUGGUGUUUAAUAAAAUUCAAAAUUAUCAUCGUC